AUGGAAGCGUUUCUUUUCACAUGGCUCGGCGUCAUUGCUCGAAGAUUUGUAUUCUUGGACGUCGCUCGAGAUGAUCAUCAUGAAGGCGUAGACUCUCAGGAUCUCUUUACGCCGUCUGUAUCGUCGACAAAGCUUACAAGGGGCGACAAGGCGCAGAAAGACCCCUCUGAGAGACGAAAAUUGCCGGUGAUGAUACCAGCUCGCGUGAUAGGCCGGCCAGGCAAUACCGUAAUUAUGCUGAGCAGUGCAACAGGGACAAAGACCUCGAAAACCAUCCUGACCAAGGGAAAGAAACCGUUGUAUGCUGCGUCAAAAGUCAUCAAUGCAUCGUGCGGCUCAGCUUCGUCAGUCUUUGCCCGUUGCUGGGUGCACAGCACGAACAAGACCUCAGCGCUCUUCAAAACAGUGAAGAAUCAGGGGCUGAGGAGGGCGUAUUCAACGAAAGGAGGCGGCGCAGCUGAGGGUGCUGGCGGUGCGCCCAACGGUAUCCCUGGCUCAGGGCUGCCUCUGUAUCGGAGACUCGUCAAUGCGUGGACGGAGACGCCGACAAAAUGGUACCCACUGCCCCUGGCAGUAGGGGCACUCCUGCUGGUCGCUAUUCAAUACAGGAAAAAGGUCAAGCGCGCACGCCAGGAGGUCGAGCUGAACGAGGACGGGCUAGAGGUCAUCAAGCUGAAGGGCCCAUGGCACGUACACGUUAUCGGCGCUCUGCCACUGCGCAACAUGUCCCGCCUCUGGGGCUACCUCAACUCCCUCGAACUCCCGGUCUGGUUCCGCCCUUAUGGUAUCCGUCUUUAUGCCUAUUCAUUUGGAUGCAACCUCGAUGAAAUCGACGCUUCGGAUCUGCGUGAAUACCCCAGUCUUGGCGCAUUCUUCUACAGGAAAUUGAAAGACGGCGCGAGGCCUGUGGAUGAUGCUAUUUUGGUAAGCCCUGCAGACGGGACAAUGUUACAUUUCGGCACUGUUCAAGAGUCGCGCGUCGAGCAAGUGAAAGGCAUUACAUACUCUCUGGAUGCAUUGCUGGGUAUUGAGCGCCCUGGCUCACCAACGUCCACCAUUGUCCCUCACAACCGUGACAUGUCCGUCGUGGACGACCACGAGUUUGCAAUUGUCAAUGGAAUCGAAUACAGUCUGGAACAACUCAUUGGAGCCUCAACGCCCUCGACGCCUGGGACCACUACGCCUACCUCGGAGCCAGCAUCUUCGUCGUCAUCACAGACAUUGCUUGGCACGCCCACUUCUGAGUCCGAAAGUGCAGCAGAUGAUCAUGUCCCUAAGAAAUUCGGAGAUCAAAUCGACGCAUCAGUUGGCUCGGAGCGCAACAUCGAGGAGACCCUAGUGCACGAUGCCUCCGUCGCUCUCCAGAUGGGCGUGAAAUCCGAAGCUGCUGCUGCCGUUCAGCGCAGACGAAGCGUCACUUCGGGUAAACAUGUCAGGCCAGGCAAUAAGUUGUUUUUCUCUGUCAUCUAUCUGGCACCGGGAGACUAUCAUCGGUUCCACAGCCCCACUGCUUGGGUUGUGGAGAAGAGGAGACACUUUGUUGGCGACUUGUUUUCGGUAUCUCCUUGGAUGGCUAAGCGCCUCGAGAACUUGUUUGUGCUCAACGAGCGCGUCGCUCUUCUUGGAAGAUGGAAACAUGGAUUCUUCGGAAUGGUUCCUGUCGGAGCCACGAACGUUGGUAGCAUUAAGAUUAACUUUGAUCAGGACCUACGAACAAACCUCCGUGGCAAGCGUCCUCCUCCCGGUGCAUACACUGAAGCCGUCUACUCCGCUGCUUCUCCCAUCCUGCGCGGCCAGCCCCUGACACCCGCGGAAGAGAUGGGUGGAUUCUGCCUCGGCAGCACCAUUGUGCUUGUAUUCGAGGCUCCCAGCGACUUUGAGUUCACUGUGCACCCUGGUCAGAAAGUGAAGGUCGGGCAGAGGUUGGGCGAUGUCGUAAGCAAGCUCGAGACGCUCCAGCAAGCCGAGGACGCUGCCUCCAAGGUCAAAACUGAUUAG